UGGAUACAGUGAAUUCGACCUUGUGUUUGUAUGUAAAAAGGCUCUUUUCGCUUGAUUUUUUUCCCCCUCUCCUAACCAUAGAAUAAGCACAAGCCUAAUCCUCAAGUUAUUUGAUCCGCCAAAAAUCAAUACCUCUUAUUAAAAUUUUAACGCGGUUUCCAUAAAAAUUCAGAUGACAUUUGACAAAGUGCCUCCCCUUGGCCGCCGGCAUGAAGGAAAUUUUCGGGAUUUUCCUGGCGGCUUUAACAACCAUCACCGACCAGAACCAGCAUUUGAGCCACCCUGGGUAAAUCGACAGCCUCAUUGGAUGAGAACUCCUAGCGCCAUUGCGCCCCGAAGUCCCAGUGAAAGAUGGAACCGCACUAACAAAAUUCAGGUCACAAAUAUCUUCACCCAUAGCUCCUGGGAAAAUGUAAAAGAUCUGCUUUCAACGUUUGGAAACGUUAUACAAUGUGAAAGAGGACCAGGAAAAUCGGAAGAAUAUUGUACAGCUUAUGUAACCUAUGAAAGUCCAGACCAAGCUCAACAAGCAUACACGCAAUUAAACGGAUUUGAAUUUGAAGGAGGUCUCUUAAAGGUAGACUACAUGAUGGACAGGGGUCCUGGAUCUCGCAGCCCUCGUGGUGGAGGACGAGGGGGUAUGAGAAAUAUGCCUUUUCAGGGAAACUCAGGAGGAUUUCCUCUUCGUGGGUCUGACUUUCCACUAAGGAUUUUAGUCUUGAGCGACAUGGUUGGCGCAAUUAUUGGACGUUCAGGUGGUACCAUUCGUCAGAUAACUCAACAAUCCAGAGCUAGAGUGGACGUUCAUAGAAAAGAAAACUCUGGAGCUUUUGAUAAAGAUGAAAUGUAUUCUGUUCAAGUAAUUACAAUAUAUGGAAAUCCAGACAAUUGUUCGCUUGCAUGUCAAAAAAUUCUAGAAGUUAUGCAACAGGAAGCUAAUAACACAAACAGAGGGGAGGUACCUUUAAAAAUCCUUGCUCACAAUAACCUUAUUGGAAGAAUAAUUGGGAAAAAUGGUAACACAAUUAAGAAGAUAAUGGAAAGUACUGAUACUAAAAUAACUGUUUCCAGCAGCAUGCAAGAUGUGAACACCUUCAAUUUUGAACGUAUCAUCACCAUUAAAGGCAAAUUAGAAAACAUUGUGAAAGCUGAACAGAUGAUUAGUAGUAAAUUGAGACAAAGUUACGAGAAUGAUUUGCAAGCAAUGGCCCCCUCUACAAUGAUGUUCCCUGGAUUGCAUCCUAUGACCAUGAUGUCUACUUUGCCAAAUCCAGGAUAUCCUGGUGGACGAGGCGGACCUCCUCCUCCACCACCACCACCCCCUCAUUAUGGGGGAGGAGGAAUGUAUGGCAACCCCCCACCCUACAAUAUGCCCAUGAUGCCGUAUUCCCCUAAUGCCCCACCUCCACCCAACAUGGAACCCACAAAAGAAACAGUUUACCUGUAUAUACCAAACUCUGCUGUUGGAGCUAUCAUUGGAACUGGUGGAAGUACCAUACGAGAUAUGAUUAGUUCUUCUGGUGGCAGUAUAAAAGUUGCUCAAACUAACAAAGAUGAACCAAUUGACCGUGAUGCCUUGCGCAAAGUAACAAUUAUUGGUACACCUGAAGCUCAAUGGAAGGCUCAGUAUAUGAUCUAUAAAAAAGUAGCUUUCGAAACUUACAUUGGAGCUCAAGAUGCUCAUAGCCUCAAAGUAGAAAUAUUUGUUCCUUCUAACCAGGUUGGUCGCAUUAUUGGAAAAGGUGGUCAAACAGUUAGAGAAUUGCAAAGACAGACUCAUGCCAUAAUUAAGUUACCCGAAGAAAGUGAAAAUAAUACUGAAGCAGAUGAAACCCCCGUCCAUAUUAUCGGUGAUUUUUACAGUACUCAAGCUGCUCAACGCCAAAUCCGAGCAUUGGUUAGCAAAAGUCAAAUGGCUGGCCUUAGACGACCUCCCGGAGGACUGCCUCCUAACCAACGUCAAAUGCCUGUGAACUAGCCUGAGCCCCCAAGCCCCGCCACACCAUGACCUUCAAGAUACCAAAGACCAACUUGCCACCUCAUCUCAUCUUCUUUACAGGGUGGCCGUGGGUUUGGGGGCGUCGCUUUGUUUGGUUUCCACCGUAACAUAUCGCCUCGACGCCGACAAUCCCGAGAUCUUCGACGGAACUACUGCAAAUUGAGAUCUGGGGAUUGUUAAUGAGAAGGGCUGUUAAUCUCUCAGGAAUGGAGCAUAAUGUGUUAAUAUGUGUAAGAUAAAGCAUUUAAAAUUUUUGUAAGUAGGAAUGUAAAAUGCAAAGUUGUUUAGUUAGUACAAAACAUGGACCAUUAUUGUUGAUAUAUCAUGGUCUUUGUGAUGUUAUUGAAAGUUUAUUUUUGAUACUUGUUGGAGAAACUUUUUUUUGUUGUCAAUUUUUAUGAUGGGCAUUUUUUUUGCCAAGGAGUAAAAAUGUGGCUAAAGGAAAUGAUUAAAAAAAAAAAAAAAAUUAUAAACUGCUGUUCUAAAAAUAUUUUGAUUUUUCAACAUAUGUGAUUUUUCUGUUUCUCCAAUAAGCAUUGUCUGAGGCUCUCCCACAAUAUCCCACCAUUCCGAUUCUGUACGAGCCCUCGUAAAAAACUAUAAAUGUAAUUAUAAAAAAAAGCUUAUUCUACACAUGCAUGCAUUGUCACCAUUUUAAUAUGCAAAAGGUCUCUUUCACAAUAGGGGAUUUAUUGCUUUAAAACUUUGUAAUAAACCGAAGAUUGCAAUGGUAAACCAAACAAAGCUUAAACAUAACUAAUGUAUCUAUUUUUAUUUUUUUUUUACUUUCCAUGCGGGAAUGUGAUAUAUAUUUUGCUGGUUAUUUUAUCCCCAUAAAACUUAUACUCACCCUCAAACAUGGUAUCAAAGUAGGUCAGACAUACAUACAUAUAAAUAUAUAUGCAAGAAAAUAUACAAUACUGGCUGUGGCACAUUAGGGCAAAUAAAAAUGGAAUUAAUUAAACCCCCACUUUUAUGACAACUUAAAUCUGAUUUGAAAUUGAACAUUUUUUAGACUGUGCAAUUAUUUCAAAAUUAUUUAUCCAGAAAAGAAAUUUAGUGUCCUAUCCAAAAAAAAAAAUGAAUUUUCUAGCUUUUUUUUUGUUGUUGCUAGAAUUGCACAGUUGAACAUCUUGAUUGAUAAUUAUCUUGAUUAUUAAAGUGACACACCCAUCAGAAACGCUUAUAACUCCCGAACUACGAUUUAGCGUUCAUGUCUUGAAAUAGCAGCAUUCGGAAUAAUAAUUUGAGGGACCUUUUGUUUGAAGUAUUAUUCCUAUAUUAGUGUUACUACUACACAAUUCUUUUUUAAAUUUUAAAGCUAGUUUUUAAAAGUUUUUGUACUUCAGCAUUUUAUCUUUAUUUUUUUUUUCAUGAACAAAAUGUAAACAAAUUUUACUCUAUUUUUCUACCUGUUAAAAAAAAAAACUGUUAUUUUCGAAGAUGGAAAAAAAGGCCCAUAGAAAUAUUAUUCACGAGUUAAUAGAUGCUAUAUAUUUUUCAACUUUGACAAACUACCAGUGACUUUUCACUCUGAAGUACAAAUGAUAUGCAAUCCUUAUGGAUUUGCCUUGACUAUAUAUAUACAUACUAUAUUAUAUACACAACAUAUAUGCUGCUGACUUAGCAUAAUAAUAAGCAAACCCUUAAAAGAAUUUCUCUGCAAGUUGUAGCAAGAGAUUUUUUUAGCGACUUCUAUGUUUUUUUUUCAACUACUCUUCUUCAACGACUUUAGACUGCUUAUUUACUUUAAAAAAGAAAGAAAAGAAAAAAACAUAAUGGUAUGGGCAUAAAUAUGUAUCCCACUUAUUGCAGUCUUGGUAGAAAUCGAACUUAACUACAGAUCUCAAACAAUUCUGUACUAAAAGUACAUUUAUGUAUUGAAUAUCUAUAAAAUGAUGAUUCUGUAGUUUUUUUUCUUCAUAUUAUGCAUGUUCUUUAUUUUUUUUUAUUAUAUAAUUCUUUCUUAUUUUAUUUAAUGUUCCCUAUCUUAAUGAUCAGUUAAGGUGUAUUUCUGAUGCAUGGAAUGUAGUUAACUUAAACUUAUUGAAUGUUUUACUUAUGUACUCUUUUUGAAAAUUGAUUCUUUUCAGUUAUAUGCAUUUAAGUAAUUUAGUUUAUUUCCUCAAUGUGUUUUUUCGGAACAGGGAGACUACCUACUUACUAAUGUAAUGUGGUAAUUUUUUAAGUUUGUUCCAAUAUUUUGUAAGCAAUCGUCCCGCAAAGUGAUUUUUGUGUCGUUGAAUUUUUAUUCAGUGGAUUGUGAAGUUUUUGUUUUGUGAAAGGGGAUGAUUGCCAUGUUGCUCUUCCUGUUUCUUUAGAUAAAUGCAUUGUACUUUAUUUUAAUACGAAAGUAUUUAAUCUUAGCGACUUAGUUGUUUUUUACUUUUACCCUUUUUGCCUGGCUAAUAUUUACAUGUAAUAGAGAAUAGGUAUUAAAAAAAAACUGUGUAUACUCACUGCAGGUGUAAAAAUUGACAGUGUUAGUGGUAUUUACUAUUAAUAUUUUGCAAUGCAUGUUAUAGUUAAAAGUUUUUAACACUGUGAGGAAACCCUAGUGUGAACGGGGGGAAAUAUAAACCAAACUUUAAAUAAUGGCUAUAAAAUCAAACAACAUUGUACUUUGAUAUUAGAAUAUUUUCAAUAUAUCCAAUUGUUAUAUUUUUCAUAGCUUAACCACAAUAUUACAAUUUUACUGGAAAAAAAAAACAUCUGUUAAAAAUUUGUGAAGAUCUGUAGAACUCUUGAGUAAUAGUUAAUUUCCCCCUUAAACAUUAAUGGAUUUGUGAAGGCUGCAGUAAAUUAAAUGUGUAUCCCCAUAGCCUAGAGGAACCUCGCAAUGAAGUACUUCACAAUUUACUUAUGUAUUUAAUGGUCAGUGUUUUUUUUUAUUUUUAUUCCUGUUAAUUAACUAGAGGAGCUCAACAGUUCAACAACUUGGGGAAUUCUGCCUUUUUUCCACCAUAGAAAUAUAACUGGCAGCAGCAGCAAUUGUUAAUCAUAGCUACAACAAAACCUCUACAAUAUUUGUAUUCAGCUGCAACCCUAUACAUGGCCUGUAAGCCACAUUGAACUCCUCAUAUGUUCUAUGUUUUCUAUGAGGAAUUAAAUUAUUCUAGUUAAAAAAAAAA